AAAAUUACAUAGAGCGUGAUCAGCUUAGUGCGGAAUAUAAUGACGGGCGGGUUUUGGCGGCCGCCUGCGACAUUCCUUAGAAAACGGGAGCGCGGGAAUCAAUAAAGGAUUUCCUGGCGGCGUGCCCACGCAUGUGCGUUCCGGCGAGCACGAGCGCUGCUGCUGCGACCACACUGCUCCCGACCCUGCCGCGGCCACAACCCUCUAUGCCCGCUCAAAUUUUACUCCCAACUUACAGGUGUUUCAGGAUCAAUUAAGCUUAUUAUCAUCACCGAGGACCGCUCCGGUCGCCGACCAUCUACCCUCUGAGCAAAUAAAUCUCAGUAAUAAGUAGUAGGCUGUGUUAUUGGGCGUAUGAUCGGCGCGCAACGCCACUGCGGCUCCGGGGCGCGGACGGCGGCGGGGGCGGCGGCUGGCGCGGCGGCGCGCUGCCGGCGUGCUUCCCGCGCGGCACGUUUGUCCUCGCCCGCGGCUCGCCCGCACCACCGUCUCGGUCCGAUCUAACCUGAUAUUUUACACACUCGAUGACUCACAAACAUACCGGCUCUGACACCAGGGGAGUGUAGUGCGAUCGUGUUAGAUGUGAGCGGGAGUGCUGUGUGGUUCUGGUGCCUGUGAUGUGGGGAGUGCGAUGGCGCUGAGAGGCAGCAUGUCGCCUCUGGCGCUGUUCAUGCCUCUGCUAGCGGUCGCCGCGCUUGCAAACCAGUUAGAGGACAUACCCCACAAUGAAGUCAAAAACUGGGCGUUGAAAUUCGGCGUGGAUUUAUGGGAAUUCGGAAGGCACUUCACCAAAAUGAAUCAAAUACAAAACAAAUACCACGAGUACAACGUGGAGGUGGCGCGCAAGGACGGGCUGCUGCUGGUGCGCGAGCUGGCCGCCGAGGUCAAGAACCACAUGGACUUCAAAAUUAACGCCGUCAUGCGUAUUAUGGACUCGGCAGAGGCGGCGGCGCUAUCGUCGGGCGGCGCGGACGGCCCGGGCGCGUUCUACGACGCGCGCUGGCUGAACGUGCACGCGGACGACGGCACGCUGGCCGCGCGAGCACGCCGCCUCGUGCUCGCGCCCAGCCGACACUUCGACCACAUCGCCGUCAACGCGAGCUACAGCGCGGUGCUGAUGCCACCCUACAUCAACGUUGAAAACGGCGACGUACAGAAUCAGAUCGCGUGGUCCGAGCACCUCGACCCUCUGUUCGUGAACAACUACGAGAUCGACCCUUCGCUCUCGUGGCAGUACUAUGCCUCAUCCACUGGCUUCAUGAGGCGAUAUCCAGCCAUGUCCUGGCCACCUGAAGACGGUUACUCGCACCACGCGCGCGACUUCUACGACUUCCGCUCGUCCAACUGGUUCGUGGAGGCGGCCACUUCUCCCAAAGACCUGGUCAUCCUUCUGGACGACUCGGACGACCUCGGCUCUUCAUACUGGAGGCUGGCUAAGGCCACAGUCUCUGGGUUACUGGACACUCUCGGCCCAAAUGACUUCGUCAACGUGUACCGGUAUAGCGAUACCGUGUCGGAGAUACACUCGUGUUAUACGAAGAUUUUGGCUCAGGCUGUGCCGGAAACGAUAAGGGAACUGAAAACCGCGCUGUGGGGCGCCGAGGCGACGGGCGGAGCGGCCAAUCUCACUGGAGCGCUCACUGCUGGAUUCGAAAUUUUGCAUAGGUAUAACCGCACCGGGCUAGGCUGUCAAUGUAACCAAGCCAUCGCGGUGGUGGGCGCGGGCGGCGGCGCGGCGGGCGUGAAGGGCGUGUUCCGCACGUGGAACUGGCCGCACAUGCCCGUGCGCAUCUUCAGCUAUGGCGUGGGUGGCGACGCUGCUUCCAGCCACAGCAUGAAGGACAUGGCCUGCACUAACAAAGGAUUCUACGUGUCGAUAAACGAGCACUCGGAGAUCAGACCGAAGGUGCUUCACAUGAUUGAGGUGCUGGCACGACCGCUCGUCAUGUACCAGACUAUGCAUCCUGUGCACUGGAGCCCCGUAUACGUCGGCGGAAGGAGUAGCAACCUGGACGACGAUGGGAUGGGCCAAUUGAUGACGUCAGUAACAGUGCCGAUCUUCGACAGGAGAAACCAUACGCAUCGAGAAGCUAAUUUACUCGGUGUGGUGGGCACAGAUGUACCUGUCGAUCAAAUAAAGAAGCUCGUUCCACCAUAUAAGUUGGGAGUAAACGGAUACUCAUUCAUGGUGGAUAACAACGGGCAUGUGUUGUAUCAUCCGGAUCUCAGACCUUUGUAUACCAAUGAGGAAUACACUGAGACGCUCCGUCCGCUGUACUCUAGCGUGGACCUGACAGAUGUGGAGCUGCUCGUGGAUGCGGACGAGAACUCGCGCGUCAACCUCACGUCUCUACUGCUCGAUCUCCGACACGACAUGAUUGAACAACGCGAGGGUGAAACAGAGAUCGGCGUGAAAGUGCAAUACGGCAGCAUGCGACGCGUAGCCACGCGUCGACAGCGUUACUUUUACAGCCCAGUAGAAGGAACGCCGUACUCGCUCGCCAUAGUGCUGCCCGACGGCUACGGCAUGUACGAGCUGCAGGCCGAGCAGGAGGUCAAGCACAGUCCCAUCAACGUUACCGAAUAUUUUAAAGGAGAUAACUGGAAAAUUCACCCAGAAUGGGUGUACUGCGAAUACGCAUCUACGUCCGAGCAGACAUUCAACUCUGCAGAGGAACAGUUGGUGCACUUCCUGGCGCGCGCGGGCCGCCCCGGCUGGAAGUGGAUGAGCCUGCGCCCGCGCGCGCUCACGCUGCACAACAUGCACAAGAAACAGGACAGGGACUCCUACUACUGUGACAAGAAUUUAGUUCAGUCACUCGUACGAGAUGCUAUGGUAAUAAAAGAAUUGGACGCACACACUGGACACGCGAGCCACCACAACCACCCGAUAGCAACUUUAAUGGCACUGCUGACAAGGCAAGGGCGGUUCCACAAGUUCGUGGUCUCGAUGUCGUUCAUCGCCACGCGCAGCGGCCUCUUCCGGUGGACGGACAACAACAACAGCACGAGGACUGGUGACACCUCUGAACCCCACUUCAGCGAGCGCUAUGCACGUGCGUACGACUCGGAGUGGUACCGACGCGCCGUCGAGCACCACAACAUAGAGCCGGAGAGCUUCGUGUUCUCCGUGCCGUUCCGCGACGGCGCCGACGCCGCCGCGCCGCCGCUGGUUCUGGCCACGCACGCCGUGUUCGUGGAGUCGCGCGGACACCGCGCCCCUGCGGCUGUAGUCGGGCUGCAGUUCCAACUGGACUCGCUCGCUAAGCACUUCCUCAACGUUACAUCCACGUGCACAGCGGGCACAGUCUGCAAGAAGACGUGCGCAGGCGACGCGCUCGACUGCUACAUCCUGGACGACAACGGUUUCAUCAUCCUGUCGGAGGACGCGGCGCAGACCGGCCUGUUCUUCGGGCAGGUGGACGGCACUAUCAUGGACUCGCUCGUGCAGGACCGCAUCUACAAGAAAGUGACAGUUCAUGAUCGUCAGGGACGCUGCCCGGACUCCAGGAAUCCUUUCAGUGGAGAUGGAAAUAAACUGACGCCGAUUAAGCCUCUAUCAUGGCUUGGAGGAUAUCUCACCAGUUUAAUAGCGGUCUGGUUUCCGCUGUGGCAGUCGGCCAAAGCUCACGGUCACCCCUACGCAGACGAUGAUAUGGACUACGAAGACUACGAACAUGAUGGUGACUUGGAUCCCGACGAGGAGGAGCGCGACCGCGGCAAGUACGAGAUCAUCAUCGACGGGUACGGCGCGGGCGCGGGCUCGGGCGCGGACAUCAGGCCGGCCGAGCGGCCCGGCGCGCCGCGCGAGCCGCCGCGCGAGGCCGCGCGCUCCGCCGCCGUGCGCCCCUGCGACACCAGCGCCGAGCUGUUCACGCUGCAGUCCACCCGGCUCAACGCGGCGCAGCCGCUCAAGGGCAAGCUCACCAACUGCCACAACUCCGGCUGCGAGAGACCGUUCAGCGUUCAAAAGAUCCCACACAGCAACCUGAUCCUGCUGGUGGUGGACACGCUGUGCCCCUGCGGCGCCAAGCGGCUGGACGUGCGCGCGCGCGAGGCCCCGCCGCGCACCGUGUGCCGCCGCCACCCCGCGCACGCCAUGCGCCGCCGCCCGAGGCACUGCGUCUCAUAUCACCCAGAGGAAAUCGAAAUCCUUUCGUGCGGGCGCGGCUCGAAUACUCGGGCGCCUUGGGCGCUGCUGCUGGCGACGGUGACGGCGCUGCGGUGGCUGGCGCGCGGCACGUGACUGCCCGCCCGCCCCCGCUAACUACAUCUUUGCUAGAACGCGAGCCCGGAGCACGAGCUCUUCGGACAAACCCGCUAAAUGUUCCAGCCCCUUUGUUAUAUCCUACUAACGCACAUUCAACUCGUUCGGGAGCUUCGAGGUAUUGUUGUUCAGUGCUCCAGUGUGAGGACAGUUGGCGAACGCUCCCGGGCGGGCCGGCGGAGUACCGCGGCUCCGCCCUCGAGCUCUCCUAAGGUACGUCGCGCGGAACCACGUGUUUUGAUCUAUUUUACUGACUGAAGUUUUGGUCCGACCAAAUGAACUUUUGACCUUGUUUUGAGACAGGACGAAACUCGAUUUAGGAAACGGUAAUAAAUAAAAUAUUUCUCCCUCUCGGUUAAGUUGUCACUUUUCAUAUUGCGGCCGACGCCGCCGCGUGAAGUAAUAGGUAGGUAACGAAUAUCUUGUUAAAUUUAAAUCGAAGAUUAUCACAAACUUGAAGAUCUUACAAAUUAUAGCUAAUGUUAAUAGAUAUUGAAAGAUAAAUUAAUGUAAAAUAAAGAUAUGGUUUAAAACUGUUUUAGAAAAAUUUACCUAUGUUGAUCCGAAACUCGAUUUAUUUCUUGAUAUCUGUCAUUCACAUAUUUAUAUUGCUAAACUUAUUGACUAGUUGCAUAGGGUUGAUGUAAAUAAGAAAUAUUUUAUUUGUAGGCAGUUCUUUUGCUGAAUUUAUGUGUGCCUCUGCGUGUUAGGUACCUGUUAGUCGUGGUGUCGAGGACACGCUGGUAUAGUGACUGUUGUUAUCUAUUUUAGAAAAUUACAUCUACGUG